GCGUGACGCUUGGGCGGAAACAGUCCCUCCGCCGCGGGGUGAGGGCGUUCUCCCUCACCCCCGGGCUGGGGCGCAGCGGGGGAAGCCUGGGCUGCCGAGAGCCUCUGGGGCGGUUAUAGGCUGGCCUGCUCCGCUCCGCCCCGCCUCUCCCUGCCCCGCCAGCCGUGUGCUGCUCUGUCCCCGGGUGUGCGGGCGGUGUUCUCCCGGAGUCGCCCGGGCGUGCUUCCCGCGGUUGCCUUCCCCUCAGAGAGACUGUCCCACAGCGGUAGGCGUAAGGGUGUGGGAGGGCGGCCGCUGCGCCUGUGCUGCUGCCUGCCGGGCCGGGCUAGGGUGCCGCUGUCCCCGUGGCUCUUCUGCUCUGGAUGGGCUUGAACAGCUUUUUCUUUCCUUCAGUCCGCCGUGCGGAGCUUGUAGCGGGAAGAGGUGGUUUGGCUCAAAGCUAGAAGAGCAAGCUGCCGCCUCAGAAAGUUUGAAGAGGAGGAGGAGGUGGUCUUCCCUGCCCAGCGAUGUAGCCCUGAACGUAGGACUGCAGCUCGUGGCAGUUAAACUCCUCACCGGUCUGAUACCAGAGCAUGGGCUAAAAGCUAUGUCCCUCUCUCGCGUCGAAAAUCCUUGUUUUCUGCUGUUUCUGUUCGUCUUCCAAGCAAUAUUUAUCCUGAUAUUGUACCGAGGUGGACCUUCAAAUGUGUUUCGUGCGGUUUUAGACUCGCAUCAGGUUCUGGAUUACUCAAAAACUCACGAUGUGUAUACAAAUCUCAGCUUGUUUACCCAAGCUCCUAAUGAGGAAACUAUGCCGUACUGCUCAGCACAGUCACCAAUAUUUGUUGGUCCGUUAACCAUCACCUUCAGGGUGCUCCCUAGUGAAAGAAUGAUCAUCAAAAAAAAUCCUUUUGUUCAGUCUGGUGGCCGCUACAGGCCACCUCACUGCUUGGCCCGCUACAAAUCAGCCAUCCUUGUAGCCUACAGGAACCAGGAGAAGUACCUUCACCAUCUUCUCUACUAUAUUCAUCCUUUCUUGCAGCGCCAGCAGCUCAGUUACAGUAUCUACUUGAUUCAGCAGGUGGGGAAUGGUACAUUUAACCGAGCAAAGCUGCUUAAUGUUGGUGUCCGGGAAGCCCUGAAGGAUGAAGACUGGGACUGCCUUCUCCUGCAUGACGUGGACUUAGUCCCUGAGAAUGAUUAUAAUCUCUAUGUUUGUGAUGAAUACUAUCCCAAGCACAUGGCUAGUGCCAUGGAUAAGUUUCAGUACAUUCUGCCAUAUAAGUCCUUUUUUGGGGGUGUAUCUGCUCUGACUCCAGAACAUUACAUGAAGAUGAAUGGGUUUCCAAACACAUACUGGGGCAGCGGUGGUGAAAAUGAUGACAUUGCUGCAAGGAUUCGGUUAGCAGGAAUGGAAAUAGUUCGGACAUCACCUCACCUUGGACGCUACAAAGUGAUGGACUACAAUGAAGAGGCUGAGACACGAGAGCCUUGGAGAAGGCCUACUACCCGACACAACACCAGAAAAACAUGGAAGGAUGAUGGAAUGAAUUCAUUAGAGUUCAAGCUCCUUUCCAAGACAAGGCAUCCUCUUUAUACCAACAUCACUGUGGACAUUGGAUAUGUUCCCCCAUUUUCUUAAGAGAAUGAAAACACAGGCAGAGUUUGGGCUCUGCAUGGCAGCAUGCAUAUGGGCAUUUGGCCUCUACCUCCCAGCCCUCAGGCCUUGGGGAUCAAGGUCUCCUUGACAGUAAACUGACCCAAGUUUUCUGGAACCUUUCUUCCAUAGCUGGAUAGCUGUCCUGCUUCUUACUUAAGUGUUCAUUGGGAUGCAAGCCAUUCUGUCAAACAGGCCUCUGAAGUGCUGUAUUUUGAGAAAGUGUUGGAGCCAGUUACAGUUCUGUAAAUAUCUCUUGUGAAUUUCAAUAAAAUAGUUAUGUGUUUGGGUUAAGAUUUUCUAGAAUAUUUUAGUAAGAGUGUAAUAAAGGAGGAAGUUGCCCUGAAACUAGACAAAA